AUGAUUACAUCAAAUAAUCUAAGUUCACCUGUAGAGAUAUUGAUUGAUCAUUGUAGAAGAAUACAGGCAGAGACUGAUACAUUCAUACAACAAGUUGAUAUAUAUACACAUCAUUCAGAGUUCAAUGACUUGGCAAUUGAUAACAAGUUCAACUAUGCAAUCAAACAAUAUAACACAUCAAUUGAGAUCAUUGAGAAUAUAUUGAAGAAUGACCCAACAUUAUGCGAUAGAUUGGCAGACUUCUUGGAGUAUUCGGUUGUGACGAGGAAUCAGAUUAUACAGACAAAGGCAAGCAUGUUGGAUCAACAAUUGGAGAACACUGAUUGUGAGGCAUUGUUGUCAUUGUCUCGUGUGACUGUGUAUAGAUGGAGGGUACAUCAUGACCUUUUGAAACAAACACAUGACUAUGAACAGAGUGUAGAGAGACAGACUGUUGGAGUGGGCGAGCUACAUCUCCUGCGAGCAUCAGACCUGUUGCAUAUACUAGAGUUGAAAGUGACCUCACCAUCUGACUUGGUCAUCGACACAACAACAACAACAAUUGGAAUCAGUCAUGAUGAUGGGAUCAAUCUCAAUCGAUCACUGGAUCAUUUGAUAACAAUUGAUACUGAUACGAAUCGAGAGGUUGACAUCCGAUUCCCAUUGGCACGCGAGACACCCAUAUUCCUUGUGGCACGUGGCAACUAUAUAUUACAACUGGAGGAUUAUUAUUAUGGAGUAAUGUUGCCCUUUGACAUUCCCGAUCAACAACAACAACAAGAUGAGGCACCCACGACAGCACUUGAUGGCAACAUCAAUCAAACAACCGAUCAAACAUCAUCUGACUCACUGAGUAGCAACAACACCAACACCUGCCCAAGCUUUGCAGUGCGCUCAAUGAAGUCAAUGUCAACAAGCAUUGACAAUGGCGGACAGAAUUUAACGAAUGGAAUAAUGGCAGCGUCAUCGAUGAUAUCUCUUGGAUUACGCGGAGGUGGAUUCUACCUCAAGUCAACACUGGCAAGGAACAACUCGCCAACAGUCGUCUCACCAAUGGUCGCGGGCACCAUUGGAUAUAUUCGCUCGGCCACGCCAUACGCAUCAAAGGGCUCAUCCUACCUAAUCACUAAGCUGUCCGAGGUGGUCGAGGUUGUUGGCACAGGAAUAUACAGUGGCAUCAAGACUUUGAUGCCAGCUGGCGGCGAGGGCGGUCCAAGCCCGACAAUGGAGGCGGCCACACAGUUGGGAGCAACAUCAAUCAAGGCCAUAUCAUCAAUAUCCAGUGCACUGUCCGAGGGAUUGUCGACCAUUGUCGAAGAGGCCACCGGUACAACCGUGGACGUGGUACAACAUCGUUAUGGCAAACACAUGGCCAAUCUAACACACGACACACUCAACAUCAGCAAGGACGUCGUAAACACUGCACUCAAUCUACAAAUGGGCAGUGCCAAGGCAUUCGCCAUCAAGGCUCUGACUGAGGGUGGCGGCAAAAUCGCAGCCGCGCAGUCCGCCUCCUCCUCUUCCUCCCCAGUCUCAGUCUCAGCCUCAGAGAAUAGUAAUGAUGGUGGUAAUGAUGAUCAGGACCUUAAGAGGCUACAAGAUCAAGUGGCUGCUGAUUAG